CCCUUCCUUAUUAAGCUCCUCAACCUCAACUCAAACGCGAGUUGAGAUCCCCCCUCUCUCUCUCUCUCUCUCUCUCUCUCUCUCUCUUUCGAGUAUUAUCGGAUUCGGGUUUGGAUUGAGGUGUUGGAUGGGUCCGUACCCGUGUGGAUCGGCGGCAGUGGGGUGGGAAGGAGUGCGAAGCGAGGUACAGUGCACCGCCGCCCCGGAUAUCGAUGGCCUCCUCGCCGGAGCUGGAUACCGUGUUCGAUCCUCCGAUCUCUGCCAGGUAGCGCAGCGGUUGGAGCGUCUGGAGUCUGCGAUGGUCUACAGUAGCGGCGGCGGCCAUGUCGACUAUGAUCACCUUGCAUCCGAUGCCGUGCACUACAACCCCUCGGACCUCGCCUCCUGGGUCGACUCCAUGCUGUCAGAACUCACCCCGGCCGACCCCGGCCCUGUGCGACAAGCGCCAGCCCCCGACGGUUGGGUGGACCAGAUCUAUCCCCAGCCGCAGAGAGCGGUGGCAGCUCGAAUGGAGGAGGAGGAGGACUCGGGGAUCCGACUCGUCCACCUCCUGAUGUCCUCCGCCGAGGCGAUCCAACGUGGCGACGCUGCCCUCUCCGGUAGCCUCAUCGACGAGAUGCGCCUCCUCCUUACUCGCGUCAACACCGGCUUUGGCAUCGGCAAGGUCGCCGGCUACUUCGUAGACGCCCUCACUCGCCGCCUCUAUUCCGUUUCCUCCCCCGCCGCCUCUGGUUCGCCGGCGGAGUACGAGAUACUAUACCACCAUUUCUACGAGGCCAGCCCUUACCUCAAAUUCGCACACUUCACCGCUAAUCAAGCUAUUCUAGAAGCAUUCGACGGUCACGAUCGCGUCCAUGUCAUCGACUUCAGCUUGAUGCACGGUCUCCAAUGGCCGGCCUUAAUCCAAGCCCUCGCCCUACGACCAGGUGGCCCCCCAUCCCUAAGACUCACAGGAAUCGGCCCGCCAUCCCCAGACGGCCGCGACUCGCUCCGCGAGAUCGGUCUUCGACUCGCCGAGCUCGCCCGGUCCGUCCGAGUCCGGUUCGCGUUCCGUGGCGUCGCCGCAAACCGCCUCGACGAUGUACGUCCCUGGAUGCUCCAGGUGGCACCCGGAGAAGCCGUUGCCGUCAACUCAGUGAUGCAGCUCCACCGCUUACUUACCGAUCCGGAUUCACCCGGUCCGGCCCCAAUCGACUCAGUUCUCUCGUGGAUCCAUGGUCUCCGGCCCAAGAUCGUAACCGUGGUCGAGCAAGAAGCCGACCAUAACAAACCCGGUUUUCUCGACCGGUUCACAGAGGCUUUAUUCUACUACUCAACCAUGUUCGACUCGCUCGAAGCGGGCCGUGCCAACGGAUCAGCGGCCCAACAACAGCAAGCCACAGCAGUAGCCGAGGUCUACCUGCAGCGUGAGAUAAGGGAUAUUGUGUGCUGCGAGGGACCAAACCGCGCCGAGCGGCAUGAACUCCUUGUGCGUUGGCGAGCCCGAAUGGGCCAAACGGGUUUCAAGCCCGUUCACCUUGGGUCCAAUGCCUUCAAACAAGCUAGCAUGUUAUUGACUCUCUUCUCCGGCGAGGGCUACUGCGUGGAAGAAGUGGACGGCUGCCUGACUCUUGGCUGGCACAGCCGGCCCCUGAUCGCCGCCUCCGCGUGGCGGGCCGACGAUCUUGAAGACAAUGCCCGGCCCGUUCCGGAUAAUUUCAUCUUCAGUAGCAUUAGUAGCACUAGUAACACAAAUGAUAGCAACAAUAACAAUCAUAAUAAUAAUGAUAUUAUAAACAGCAAUGGUAGUAUGUUGAGGAGGAAUAGCAACAAUAACAGUAGGAGUAGUGAUAGUAGUUCUCAGCAGGAGAGUAUACAUGGGAUGUAGAUUGAAUGUAGUGAAUUUUCAUGCCAAAUUCUGUGUUCUUUGUUUUGGUAUAUGAUGAAUGUAUAUUGGAGUUGUAUAAUUUGCAGGGAUGUAAUUUGAGAACCAUUUAUUGUGAUCA